AUGCUAGGACUCCGACACGACCCCGACCCUAGCACCCGAACCCGAACUAACACCUCGAUCCCUGGACCCCAAGACACCAAUCCCCUGGACAUCGAGACCCCAAUCUCCUGUACCUCGAGACCCCAACCCACUGUACCCCAAUCCCCUGUACCUCGAGACCCCAAUCCACUAUAUCUCGAGACCCCAAUCCCCUGGACCUCGAGACCCCAAUCCCUUGUACCCCGAGACCCCAAUCUCCUGUACCUCGAGACCCCAAUCCACUAUAUCUCGAGACCCCAAUCCCCUGGACCUCAAGACCCCAACCCGCUGGGCCCCGAGAGCUCCAGACCCGGCGGGGAUCCGGGCCGACCUUCCGCACCAUCAUCAUCUCGGCGGAAAAUUACCGAGUCGUGCUGA